CAGGUACCGGAUUGUCUGGCUCGACAGCGGGCAUCGGGUCACCAGGCCCUGACAGCGGGCACCCCAGGGUCACCAGGCAUCAGGUCAUUUGGCGGGCACCGCGUCAUCUGGCAAGGCAGUGGGCACCGUCAGGGGCACCAGGCAUUGGAUCGGGGCUCGGACCGCGGGCAUCGGGUCACCAGGUAUGGGCCAGCGGGCACUGGGUCAACAGGGCAUCAGGUCAUUUGGCUUGCCAGCGGGGGCACCGCGUCAUCUGGCAAGGCAGUGGGCACCGGGUCACCAGGGGCAUUGGAUCGUCUGGCUCGACAGCGGGCAUCGGGUCACCAGGCAUCAGGUCAUUUGGCUCGCCAGCGGGCACCGCGUCAUCUGGCAAGGCAGUGGGCACCGAGUCACCAGGUACGACAGCGGGCUCUGAGUCAAUUGGCACGACAGCGGGCACCGGGUCAGGUACCGGAUCAUCUGGAUCAACAGCGGGCAUCGGGGCAGUCAACUGGC